AUGGCAGACACAACCGGCAUCCGCCAGCGGCCAGCGGCGGCGGCCAAGGCUUCCGCGCUCGCAUCCAGCACGACCACCAAACCAGUCGUCCCCGUUCCGCCACGUGUUCCGCUUGGGCCGAGGAUAUCAGGGGCGGUGAUAGCAAAACUCGUAAUAUUCUCGUUCCUUCUGUUCUUCCUGCCGCUUGCGACGUAUUUCGGGACACUGAAUCGGUUGUACAAUGGAAACCAAAACUACAGCGCAAUCUCAGCCGUCAUCGUCGCCAAUCUCGUCGUCUUUGCGUACGUCGUCGUCGCCUUCUUGGAGGAUCACGGGGACCAGGAGGCGGACGCCGCGAUGGCGAAGAAGGUUGAUAUACUGAAUGAGGAGAGCACAGCGGAGAAGAUUGCUGCUGAGAGGGCGGCUGUGGGGAAGAGGGCGGCGGAGAAGGCGGAUAAGGGGAAGGGUGAGGGUGGAAAGGCGGAGUGA